AUGUCUUCACAACAGCAACUUCAACAGCAGUUGAUGCUGGAUGCAUGCAGACAUCAAAUACAGAUGGCUGCUCAACAACAAGUGAGCACCAGCAACAACAGUGACACUUCUUUACGACAGCAAAUGCAGCCGCAAUCAAGGACAAUGGGGUCCAAAUAUGAUGAUCUUCCCAUACGAGAGCCCGCUGACAUUGCCUUCAUUGGUGAAAAUCCUAAGUCGGUUGGUGCAGCUCCCGCGUUCUUCGGGUCCUUUGAACACGCCUGUCAGCACGGCCCCCUCUCCACCAUCCAGUCCAUUGUCGCACCUAAGAAUCUCUCGCCCGCUUUUCUUCACCAUGGGCUAACAUGUGCCCUACGCUCUGGCAAUAUUGAAGUCGCUCGUUAUUUACUCGAUAGUGGUGCACCGAUUGUUCGCGAAACCCCAAGCAAUAUCUUUAGUGUAUCUUUGGAACGACAAAUUGCCCUCUUCGAGCUUUUUAUUCAGCAUGGAUGGACUCCCAACAGCCCAGGCUACUAUGGAAGUACCCUGCUCCCUCGAACUGUCAAAAGCCUUCCUCUUCUUCGUUGGUUCCUCGACCAUGGAGCCAAUCCUAACCUUGGUGUGCAACGAACCAGCCAUGAUAGGUGUGGUGGGCCAGAUGUUUCCUCGUGUGCUGCACUUGAGGCAGCUGCUGCUCAUGGGAGUGUCGAGGCUGUGUGUAUGAUUCUAGAUGCAGGUGCUAGGAUUCAAAACGGUGUACCACUACACUACGCCGCCGGGGCUUGUCCUCCCGGCAUGAAUCCACAUGCUGGCCGUGUGGUACCGAGUUGGGACUUUGAUAACAGCAGAAUUCCAGUAAUGGCACUUCUGGUCGAUCGUGGGGCUGACAUUAAUCAAAGAGAAGAGUCAAGACACAUGGUCGCACAGUAUGCGAUUGUAUAUGCGGUGAUGGCAGGAGCAAUUGAGCGAGUGAAAUGGUUGUUAGAGCAUGGGGCAGAUCCAUAUAAAAGGGGAGCUGGGGUAGCGCAGCUGAAUAUGCACAUACCUCAGGAAAUGAAGAAAUAUCUAGGCUCAUUCAGGAAUUUGUGA